AUGAAGGUGAUAGAAUUAAUACUUGGUAGUGGAGCAACUACUUCAGGCUUGUAGGAAAUAAAUGCAGUAAACAAAACUGGUUUCACUGCCCUGGAUGUCCAUCAGAUGUUUCCUAGUGAGGCAGGUGAAGAAAUCAAGGAAAUUCUUCGACAAGCUGGAGCAGUGAGUGCUAGAGAUGUUAUAAACUCUCCGAUUCCUUCCCGCGAAUCUCAUGAUCAAGAACCAGACCACCCAAGAACACGACAGAGAUGUCAAUGGCUGACUGAUAACUUGGUAGAGUAUUUCAAGUUUAAGAAAGGCCGAGAUCCCAGCGAAGCUCACGGCUCUUCAUUAAUCAUUGCUGUUCUGGUCACCACUGCGACCUUUCACGUUGGACUCAGCCCUCCAGGGGGAACUUGUCAAGAUAGUUAUUUUCCGAACCCGAACAAUGGGACCAGUGGCGGUGAAGCACACAUAGCAGGGACCUCCAUCAUGGGGACUAACAGUGAAGUUACUUUUGCAUUAUUCAUGGUUUUCAACUCGAUGGAUUUUUCAAUGUCGCUUUCCAUGAUCAACAUCCUCACAAGCAAAUUCCCCCUGCAAUUUGAGCUCCAGAUUUGUUUGGUUGCACUGUUUUUCACUUACAAUACCGCAAUGACUUGCAUUGCACCGAGUAGCAUAAGAGACAUCACCAUUAUAAUGAAAUCAGUGCUUUCGUCAAUCAUACUGACAUUAACAUCUGCCGAAAAAUAUUGUCUUGGAAAUUAUCCUCAAAGCUCAGCCUGGCCCGCCCCAAGUACACAUCUAAGCACACUGCAAACUCGAGCAGAACUCGUGGAAAACCUGAAAACAACAUAGAAGGAAAGACAAAGAUUAAUGCAAAUGACAUCUGUUACCAUUCUUGAAGAUCACAUUUGCAAACAUAUCCCAUUUGGCCACACAUCAUACAGAGAGGUUACUUUUCCUACAUCAGUUUCAGGUAUUAGAUUGCAUCCUUCGGAUACAUGACUGUAUAUGUAACUUUCAUAUGCAUAGUUGUAACACUCCUUACCCGAGACUGUUGUCAGAAUCGAGCACGAGGCAUUACUAAACUUAAUCUAUCACUUAAAUAGUUUUAAAUUGUUUAUUUAAGCAUUUCGG